AUGGAGGAAGAGGAAGCAGCUCAGGCUGCACUAAGGAAGCAGUUCAAGGACACUCGAACGGAGGGCGACAUCGAAGAGGUGAUUACGGAUCGAAAACAGCGGGAAAAAGAGAGUUUCGAUUGCUUCUACGAGGCCAUCGCCAAGCUGAUGGACCAUUUGGAGGCUCCUCUGUCAGAAAAAAGGCUAGUUGACAUUCUGCGAAAAACUUCGAUGUUGUCGCAUGCCAUAGAUGUAGGAGAUGCUAAGCCCGUAAAGCAGCGGCAUUUUCCUGUAUCUCCGGCUGUUGAGAAGCUCCUUUAUGCUGAAGUAGACCGGAUGUUGAAGUUAGGGGUCAUCGAGGAGUCUGACAGCGCAUGGUCUUCUCCUGUAGUGCUUGUGCAGAAGCCAGGAAAAAUACCUUUGGAUCCAGAGUCUCGGGACAAGACUGCAUUCACCAUUCCAGGCAAGCCGUUGUAUCAAUAUAAAGUCAUGCCGUUUGGACUUACCAAUGCCUCUCAGACAAUGACUCGCUUGAUGGACAAGGUGAUACCGGCGGAUCUCAGGAAUGAGGUUUUCGUCUAUUAA